AUGUCGAAAAUUGCUGAUGUUUUUGAGGACAACAUCUUCUUGCCGAAUCUCAUCGAUUAUCCGAAUGCGUUUCUUUCGGAGAAGACUGGAGUUCCACGAGCUCCGAGACGCCCGUGUCCAUUGAGCGAUUCGGAGAAAAAAAUUGCUGUCAAAAAUAUUCUCCGGUAUUGUCCAACUCGUUUUCACGACCGACUUGCCACCGAAUUUCUCGAGGAACUCGACAAAUAUGGCCAUAUUUACGCAUUCCGCUUUUGUCCUCCGUUCGACUUGAAGGCGCCGGCUAUCACCGAAAUUCCGGCCAAAACUCAACAAGGCGCUGCGAUUAUUUUGAUGAUUUUGAACAAUUUGGAUCCAAAAGUCGCGCAAUUUCCCAGAGAAUUGGUCACUUAUGGUGGAAACGGACAAGUUUUCAGCAAUUGGCUCCAAUUCCGUCUCACCAUCAAAUAUCUUCUUCAAAUGGAAAUGAACCAAUCGCUGGUGUUGAACUCCGGACAUCCUUUGGGAUUAUUCCCAUCGUAUGUUGAAUCGCCGAGAUUGACUAUCACUAAUGGAAUGAUGAUUCCAAGAUAUUCCACAAAGGAAUUGUACGACAAGUUCUUUGCAAUGGGAGUCACUCAAUACGGCCAAAUGACUGCCGGUAGCUUCUGUUAUAUUGGACCACAAGGAAUUGUGCACGGGACCACUAUCACAGUUCUCAAUGCCGGACGCCGUCAAGGUCACGCAAACCUCUCCGGAAAAGUAUUUGUUACAUCCGGAUUGGGCGGAAUGAGCGGUGCCCAAUCGAAGGCGGCCAAGAUUGCCGGAUGUGUCGGAGUGAUCGCCGAGGUCUGCGAGGCGGCCUUGAUGAAGCGCCACAAUCAGGGAUGGCUCGAUGUGUACUCAAAAGAUCUCAAUCAGAUUAUCGAUUGGAUCAAAGAGUAUCGAAAGAAACGAACAGCGAUCAGCAUUGGCUACCUAGGCAAUGUUGUGGAUUUGUGGGAGAAGUUGGCCGAUGAGCCCGAAUUCCUUGUGGAUCUUGGAUCGGAUCAAACCUCACUGCAUAAUCCAUUCCUUGGUGGAUACUAUCCAUCUGGUCUCACUUUUGAUGAGUCGAAUGAGAUGAUGACUGCGAAACCGGACGAAUUCAAAAGAUUGGUCCAAGAUAGCUUACGCCGUCAAAUCGCGGCGAUCGAUAAACUCUCGACGAAAGGAAUGUACUUCUGGGAUUACGGAAACGCAUUCCUUCUUGAAUGUCAACGUGCUGGAGCUAACAUGCUAAGACCGGAUGCCGAAGAUGACAAAUCGUUCAGAUAUCCGAGCUACAUGCAGGAUAUUAUGGGAGACAUAUUCUCGAUGGGAUUCGGACCAUUCCGUUGGGUUUGCACGAGCGGUUUCGAGGAUGAUCUCAAACAAACCGACAUGGCUGCUGCAAAUAUUCUCACCCAACUACAAGAGACCAAUGUUCCAGAACGCGUAAAAGAACAAUACGCGGAUAACCUCAAGUGGAUCAUUGAGGCUGAACAAAAUCAAUUGGUUGUCGGAUCGCAGGCGAGAAUUUUGUAUUCGGAUCGAGGCGGAAGAGUGGCAUUGGCGAAAAAAUUCAAUUCUCUUAUCAAAUCGGGAGUAGUCAAAGGUCCGAUUGUAAUCUCACGCGACCAUCACGACGUUUCUGGAACCGAUUCGCCGUUCCGCGAGACAUCCAACAUUUACGACGGAAGUGCGUUCACCGCAGACAUGGCUGUGCAAAAUUGCAUCGGCGAUGCGAUGCGCGGCGCUACUUGGGUAUCCCUUCACAACGGCGGCGGGGUCGGAUGGGGUGACGUCAUCAACGGCGGAUUCGGAUUCGUUCUUGACGGAAGCGACAAAUGCGCUGAAAUGGCAGAGAAGAUGCUCAAUUGGGAUGUUCCGAAUGGCGUUGCUCGUCGCUCAUGGGCUGGCAAUCGAAUAGCCGAAGAAACGAUCGGACGCACCGAACUCGAAGUUCGUGGGCUUCAUGUAACGAAACCAUAUCACGUUGAGGAUGAGAUCAUCGAGAAAACAUUCAAAAAGUAA